AUGCCAUUGAGCAAACCAAGGCCGUCUCCACGGCCAUCUGCUACGAGCAGUUUCAGCGACAACACCAACAAGUCAGACAAAUCAGGGUCAAAAUUGACUGACGAGAAUAAGAAUGCACCAUCGCAAAAGCGACAUGAACGGCAAAAGUCCCGGGCACUACUACUACCCCAGAGCGGCGCCACAUCAACUGCAACUACAGCCACCACCAGCAUAAUACCGACCAAAUCUGCAAUUGCUGAUGGACAUGUUCAAAACGAAAACGAUGAGGGCGAUCUCAUUGACGAUUCUGGCGCCAUUGGUGCAUCUGCAUCAACCGGGGGUCGUUUUACAAGGCCAGACUAUCUACUUCAUGGUUUACUUGCACGAGCUAGGAACCGUGUAAAAGAUCGAACUGGGCGAGACAAGGAGAAGGGCAAUGGAGAUACAACAUCAACUGUUACAAGCCCAACCAAAGCCUUCUCUUCCUCCCCGCAUUCUCCUCCGCCACGCGCCGCUCCUCCCGACCGAGGCUUCCGUCGUAAAGCCCCACCUCGAGCUUCUACAGGCAGAUCUCAAGGGACUAAGACGCCUUCAUCGUCACAGUCGCCGUCACACUCACCACGGGCUCUCACUUCCCCGCGUUCACCACCAGAUCAGAACAAGCCUCUCCCUCCUCCACCUCCUCUACCGAACUCGGGUGCCUUGUCCGGCAAGGAAAAUGCCCCUUCUCGUCCGCCCAAUCCCGUCUUGAAGCUGAAUAGAAUCAUGUCUACUCUUACCGACUCAGAGAUCGAGAAGCUCUUCUCUGGAGCCCCUCAGUAUUUUGCCCGUAGCGAGGGGCAUUGUUCUGGCGCCCCCAAUCCCAGCGUCGCAUUUCCCUUUGAUGAAGCAUUGGAGAUUCGCGACCUCACUGAUCAUGUCCAAAUUGAAGAUAGAGCUUGGAGUGGUCUUACAGCAUGGCCUCAUCUAACUCGAGAUCUCAAUCAGGAUGCCGCUGCCCGGGCACAGGCUGUCGACUCUCGCAAGGCCCAUUUCUUCAUCCGUUGUCGGGAACGUCCCAACAUGUUGAGCAUGCAAGGUCUAGAGAAGGGUACCAUGGGCUUCUCAGCUGCCCUCGAGCUCGCCGUUGGUGACGCCCUCGAAGAAGAGCAAUUCGGCUUUGACAACGUUGGUAAAAAGGCCCAUGCCAUUGUUGAGGCACGUGAGCGCAUGCUUUCCUCUCUGGGUUACCUGCGUCGUCUCCCUGAGACAGAGCUGUUGGACCGUCUCAAGCGAAACGCCGAGCUAUACCGGGUCAAUGAUCUUCGAAAGAAAACCUCAGUCCAGACUUAUCAGGAUCUCUUUCACACUUUUAUGCGGCCAUGCAAUUCCGUUGUCGAUAAGCGCGACCACUAUAGCUUGACCAACCAGAUUAAUGUCUUGAUCAAGUGUCUUGGCACCGCCAAUGUUUGGUUUGACUUCACCCAUGUCGAAUGGAGGAUCAGAUUGGGUCAGAUUCUUUGGGGAGGUGAAGACAAUGAUGAACUUGAGGAUACUUCUUCCAUCCACGACGCUAGUAGUGCCAGCGAACGGGCUGAGGAGAAGUAUUGGCUUCUCAUGCAGAUUCUUGUUGCUACGGAACUCCUCAUUCGAUUAGAUGCAAUCACCGAGGGCGAAGAAUAUGGUGUCGAAGCUUUCCGACCUGUAGAUGUUGUUCACUUCGAAAGAGCCGCCACUCCCAUGGUUAAGUGGUCGCUUCAUCUUGCCCGGAGCUGGCUCGACAAUAUCGAGAUUGAGAAAAUCAAAGAAGAUCCACCAAGCGACUCCUCCGAGACAAAGGGAGCAGUUAUUCCUCCGCCGGCGACGGGCUGGCUAGGCGCCCUCUUUAGUAAAUUUAUUGUCCGUCAACAUCACGAAGACAAAACGACAGCCAGCCAUACGUAUACUAUUAAAGGUCGCAACCCACAACAGCAGGUAGAUGGGCUUACCCAUUUUGCGAAAAAGCUACUCUGGCCCAACAUCGACACAUACGAGGGACUUAUCGCGAACAACGCUCGUCAAUCGAUUAUCAACUCUGUGCCUAAGCCUGCCUCUACGAAUGCAUCUGAGAAAUCAGCAAAGCCUUCUGAGACGAAUGGAUCUAAGCGGGGACUUUACUUUGGUGGCUGGGAUCGACCUGGUAGUCAGAAGGAUAAGACUCGACCACAGCGGCGAAAGCUUGCAGCGGCGCUUCAUCCUUCUGGAUGGCUUUCAAAAUCAUAUAUCUAUGGUCUAGUCCUCCCUGGAGAUGGCAUGUGCCAUUUCCUGAUGGCCACGCUUCUCGAAAAUGAUAGCAAAGCCAUGGAGCGUUUGGGCUCGUUCGCUAAUUUGUGUGGAGGGUUCGUCUAUUCUGGCAAGAGUUUUUGGAGCACAUCAUGUAUCGUGGGCCGAGUUAUUGCAGCAGGUCAGGGAUCGGCUGAGUGUAUGGGAUGGGUUUCCAGCGACAUUCUGCCCCUGGGCAUAGAUGAGGGUUGGGUCAACAUUGAAGUGGAAGAAGUGGCUGCAGAGGACAAGGCACACUUGGGCAAGAAAGCAAGACUUUGGGCAAAGAAGCGAAUUGAACGAGAAUCAUCCAUCCUCGGGGAUGCCGACGAAUAUUCUGUGUUCCCUGCCGACUUUAUCAUUCCCCAUGAAAAUAGCUACUCUACGCCACCGCCGUUGAUCAGCGUUACUUUACGGUCGCUUGAGCUUCUUUCUCCGGCCAACUCAAUCCAGUCCACGCCUUUCACUAAGCUGACCCCCCCUGCGAGUGCGAGCAACAAGGAACCUGAGCUGUUGUCAUUCCCAGCCAAUGUCAACUUUGCCGUGUCGAUUGACGGAUUCACAGCUGAGAACUUCUCAUUCUCCUUGUCCUACGAUAUUAACUUUGUUACGGCACACCCAUGCUCGCCGUCUCAUCGCGUCCGAUUUGUUAAGUCUCCAUCAAGUCCGACAAUUCAACAGAUCGAUGUGUCUGGGUCUGACACAUUUGGGCAAGGUUCUCGACCUGCUCACAGAACAGGUCAUCCCUUACACAAAUAUUAUAAUUACACUGUUAUUCAUAUUUCGGAGCUUCUAAAGCGGCAGCAUGCUCCCCUUUCGGAGCUUCUGGCUGUUCCUCAAACUCACCGGCGCUCACCUUCGCGCAUGGGUAGCGAACGAGUCCUUGUUAUUGACUGUAUCACCAACUUGUCCGAGGUUCCUCAGUCUCCUACGAUUGAGAGGCUCACCUCGAAGUAUAACAUUGUUCAGCGAAGAGGUAGUUUCCCUGCCGCGGAACAGAUGCAUUUCGAGUCCAGAAAACGACAGUUUGGCUCCGACAUGGAAAUUCUGGUUCGUGCUCUUUGCGCUCAAAAGGGCUGGAAUGCCAUAAUCAGUCGACGAAAGCGAGGAUGCCUGGCUUGUGCUAUUCGUGAAGCUGGCGCAUUGCAGUGGAAGGUUAUCAUUAGGGUGGAGUAG